AUGUCAAAUGAUUCACCUAAUUCAAACAAAUCCAAGGCUACUAGAAAACAACCCGAUCUUCGACAAUUCUUGUCUAAAAGAAAGAAACUCCAUGAAAAUGAGUCAAAUAACUCCCCUUCAUUAAGCCCCCCUCAAAGUCAAGAAGAUGAUAUGGAAAUGGGUGGUUCAAGUACUUGUAAUGUACCAUUGGAGGAAAAUUUGGUAUACGAUGUUGAACUUCUUCCUCAUGAUCCGGGAAAAAGAAUAAACAUAAUGGAUUACCCCGCAAAUGAACGAAAUGCAGUUAGGAGGGGUUAUAUUCUUAAAAAACCUUGCCAACCAAAAACUCAUGAAUUUCCUCAAAGACAAGUGUCUGGUUUACGUCGCUUUAGUGUUCAUUGGUUCAAGAAAUGGGAUUGGCUUGAGUAUAGUAUUGAAAAAGAUGCUGCAUUUUGUUUUGUAUGUUACUUGUUCAAGAAUGAAGUUGAUAGUUAUUCGGGGGGUGAUGCAUUUGUUGAUGGAGGGUUUAGGGCAUGGAAUAAACCGGAAAGAUUUGAGAAGCAUGUUGGUGGAAUUAACAGUGCUCAUAAUCUUGCUUAUGAGAAAUAUGUGAAUUUAAGAGAUGGAAAAAAAAAAUCAAUCUUGAAUGUGUUUGUCAAUGCAAGUGAGGUGAUUAAAAGUGAAUAUUUUAUCCGCUUGAAUGCAUCUUUAACUUGUUUAAGGUUUCUUUUGGGGCAAGGUUUGGCAUUUCGUGGACAUGAUGAAAGCGGGGAGUCAUAUAAUAGGGGUAAUUUCCUUGAGCUUUUGAAAUGGUUAGGAGAAAAGGUUGAGGAAGUAAGACAACAUACUCUUGAAAAAGCACCUAAAAUUGUCAAAUGA